AUGGUUCCGAAUAGCAUCAUCAUCCGCGAAGCCAAGACAAGGGGAAAACAUGCAGACGCACGACUUGUCUCCGCGGAUUUGGACGUACUCCGCACCAGGGAUCGUCUUCUCUCUCAACCCUCUCAAAGUCUCUCGCUUAACGAUUUCGUUGAAACAAGAACUCCAACGUCUUUCUUGAACCGCGGAGAAAAGACAUCUUACGAUGAGGAGCAUGGCCCCAACAUCAGACCACCGAGCUGUCAAACGCUGCAUGUGCGCGGCGCGGGUACGCUGGGGAUGCUGGAGAAUUUGCCUGGAUCAUUCCGUCAUGUCCGCUCCGUGGCAGCCGGAGCCGGUUUCUCGCGAGGAAACCUUAGCCCAGGCGACCCUGGGAGACCACUCAUGAAGCGGCUUUCGGGUUGUAAAGGACGACCCCGCAAAUCCGGAAACGGAAUGUGUGAUGAGAUGGAGAUUGGCUUGGUAUCAGUGCCCGGACAGAUGCACAGAUACAGAUGUGAUGCCAAUGACGACGACGCUGAGCCGUAUGAGCCGGAAGGGAUCACUCUGAGGAUACUGCAAGCCACCGUGAUAGACGCGAAGCUACGGUCCCUUCUGUCCGGGGGUUCCGUCCUACCCUCGUCCGCACCGUUCUUCCGGCCCCUUCUCCCUGCCGUCAAUCUUCCGUCUCAAGGCCACGUCCGAAGCCACGCAACAAACACAGACCUCGAUUCCAGUAUGCAUGCCCUUGCCGGGGAAAAAGCAGUAGUUUGUUUCUUCACACAGCCUCAAUGUCUCCCUGCCCGACUGUACGAAUGCUCAGUAAGAGGAGCCCUGCGUGUCUUGGAUUUCUCCGUUCGACUCAAAAGAGAACAGGGUGUCGGCUUGGAAUCAAAGAGGGACCCUAGACUUAUGGAGAAGGGGCAUCACCGUCCUCUGCAAUUUGCAUUUCCAGUGGCACCAGAUAACCACAAACAAGCUCUUUACCGAGUGUCUACCCUCUCGUAUGCAAUUGAACCUUCAAUUCAAGUUCAUAGCUCGUUGCUCCGCAAAAGAAUGACCAGGUAUGUAGAACAGGGCUGGCAGGAGAGGCUAUCGGUAUCUCAGCUGCUCAGCACCCCCGACUCAGCUGUGCAUUUUUACGAUGAUCAUUUCCCUCCUCUGCCAGAGUUUGAACGUUAUCUUGCGGAAAUCUCACCCCCAAGGGGCCCCAAAUAUUGA